CAUCACGUAGUAUUGAGUACCGAACCCACAAUUAUCGCUAAACCAUGAAUAAAAAGAAUGAAGAAAACGAAAACAAGCUCUAGUGGCGGGGCUAACCACCAAUCACGGUAAUGAGCUAUUUGACAUUCAGAUCUGUUUCAAAGCAUUCAAUUCUAUCUCUUGUAGAUUCUCGUAGCAGUCUUAGACAGCUCAAGCAAAUCCACAACCAACUUCUCAUUAACGGCUAUCUCAAUGACGCUCACUUUCUUGGACAAUUUGUGGCCGCCAUUGCCCUCAAAAGCCCCAAUCAUCUUGAGUAUUCAAAUCUUGUACUUCACCAAUGUCACACUCCGACUCUCUUUGCCUUGAAUUGCAUGAUCAGAGCUCACUCUAAAAGCUCUACUCCUCAAAAAAGCUUUCACUUCUUUAACAAAAUCUUCCAUUGUGGUAAUUGUAUUUCACCUGAUAACUACACUUUUAAUUUCCUCGUUCGAGCCUCUGCGCAGCUUUUGGCAAGGAGGAUUGGUCCCGCAGUCCAUGGCUCUCUCAUAAAAUAUGGGUUUGAAUUCGACCCACAUGUUCAAAGUGGAUUGAUCUUUAUGUACUCUGAAUUAGGUUUUUUAUGUUCGUGUCACCAGGUGUUUGAAUCAAUUCCUAACCCAGAUUUGGUCUGUCAAACAGCGAUGGUGAGUGCGUGCGCUAAAUGUGGUGAUGUUGGUUUUGCGAGAAAACUGUUCGAUUCAAUGCCUCGAAGGGACCCUAUUGCAUGGAAUGCAGUGAUUUCUGGGUACGCACAAUGUGGGCAAUCAAGGGAUGCAUUACGUUUGUUCCAUUUCAUGCAAUUAGAGGGUGUCAAGGUUAGUGAAGUGACAAUGGUUUCAGUUUUAUCUGCCUGUAGCCAGUUAGGCGCUUUGGAACAUGGGAGAUGGGCCCAUGCGUAUGUUCAGAAAAAUAAGAUUCCAGUGGCGGUGACAUUAGGAACUGCACUUAUUGAUAUGUACGCAAAAUGUGGGGACAUGAAUGAAGCAAUGCAAGUGUUUUGGGGAAUGAAGGAAAAGAAUGUUUACACAUGGAGUAGUGCCAUGAAUGGGCUAGCAAUGAAUGGAGCUGGUGAUAAGUGCCUUGAACUAUUUUCCCUUAUGCAAAAUGAGGGGGUUUUGCCCAAUGAGAUCACUUUCCUUUCGAUUUUAAGGGCUUGUUGCGUGGUUGGAUUGGUUGAGGAUGGCCGCAAGUAUUUGGUCUCCAUGAGAAAAGAUUAUGGGAUUGAGCCUCUAGUUGAGCAUUAUGGAUGCAUUGUUGAUUUGUAUGGUCGAGCUGGGCGCUUAGAUGAAGCUUUGAAUAUCAUCAAUGAAAUGCCAUUGAAGCCCCAUAAUGGUGCUUGGGGUGCUUUGCUCAAUGCUUGUAAAAUGUACAAAAAUAUGGAAUUGGGUGAACUUGCCUCAAGAAAAAUAAUUGAAUUGGAGGGCAAGAAUCACGGGGCAUAUGUUCUGUUAUCAAAUAUAUACGCUGAUUCAAAGAAAUGGGAAAUGGUUGAUAAUGUGCGCCAAGCUAUGAAGGUCAAUGGUGUAAGGAAACAGCCUGGCUGUAGUGUUAUUGAGAUUGAUGGUGAAGCUCAUGAAUUCUUCGUUGGAGAUAACUCCCACCCAAAGUAUGGUGAUAUUGAGGUCAUAUUAGAAGAGAUCUCCAUGAGAUUGAAAUCUUAUGCCACAAACUCCAAUUCUCUGCUGUCUGAUAUUGGAGAAGAAGAGAAGGACCUCUAUAACAAUGGUAAUUUUGCCUUUGCAUUUAGUUUCACCAACCAGAAGGAAGAUGUUCCAGUUAGGAUUCUGAAGAACCUAAACAGUUAAUUGGGAUUCUCAUGGUCUUAUAAACCAAUAAUCUAAAUUUUCAUUAUCUGUAAACAGUAGAGGACAAACCUUAAAAUAUAACAAAUUCUACGCGGUUCUUCAGAAUCCGAAGUGGAACACCUUACUUCUGCGUGAUACUCGGCUUCUUAAAUCAGUUGGCUUCAUGGGGCGAGUGACCCAACGUUAACCUUCUUAUACAAUCCAGAAUCUACAACCAUCUGCCGAAGGGAUAAUCCUUUACAAGCGCUAUUGAAAGUGUCUUAGAUUGUUGCAGUCUUCUCAUGGGCUCAAUGUUUAUACGAGUAGAAUCAGCACAUACUUGUCAGGGAUGGCCCUCGAAAUAAGCAGCUAGGAGCCCAUGACCAGGCAAUUGUUUACUCAUCUAUUUAGUUUGAAAUUUCCUAUGUUAGAAACUUAUUCAAUAAAGUCCAUUUGUUUCGCACAAUAAUUUUUAGAAAUAU